AAACAAUUAAGUUGAUUAAUUGGCAAAAUCACAUAAGUUACUCGUGUCUAUCAAGCAGAGUAAGAUCAACGAUUUGUUGGUCCAAAUAGAAAGAGUUUAGUUUUUUUUAAACAAGAUAUCAAGUUCAAGUUUUGUGAAUAGAGAACAAACGGUAAGAGAGCUUUCAUUUAUGGGAUUCAAUGGAACUCAAUUUUGAAUUAGAUCUUGAUUGAAUUAGUCGAGAUCUGAUAUAAUUACUGAAUAUCAAAAAGUUAAAAUAAAAAAAAAAAAUCAUAAAGAGUGAGAUGAUAUGAUUUUUUAUAACAUGUGUGGGAGAGGAUCAUCUAGAAAGUGGAGUAUUUGGUUCGAAGUGGAAUGCUUAAGAAAAUUCAAGUUAAUAGGUGGGGAUUGUUGGGUUUGUUCCUUGAAUUUCCUAAAGAAUUGAAGACCGUAGUGGAGAUGCCAGUACCAUGUGGAAACGGGCAAGACGAAAAAUUAAUUGCUACUAAAUGCAAAGAAAUAAACUAGUUUGUUGUAAAAAGAAAAAAAAAAAUCUCCC